GGCUGGGGGUACGCGCGCGUCCGCGAGCCGGCUCGCUGGCCUCUGGGCGCGUGCAGAGCGCGGCCUGCUCGAUGGCGCGCAAGGAACUGGAGGGGGAGAUCCACCCGCUCAAGACCGAGGAGCUCCCGGCCUCGCCGGGGAGCGGGGCUCGGGACGCCGAGAAGGAGGCGGGGGGCGGCGCGCAGUCCGGGCGGCUCUCGCAGUGGCGCACCGCGGCCUUCUUCCUCUCCCUCUACCUCUGCCUGGGGGUGGCGUUCGCCUUCUCCUUCGUCAUCCCCUGCCCCGUGAGGCCCGCCUCGCGGACGGCCUGGAGCAGGACCUACGACGACGCAGCGGCGUACGCCUUCCUGGCCGCGGGGGACGCCGACAGGGACCGAGUGCAAGACGUGCUCGUGGCUUUCCAGGCCGCCCCCGGCCGCCGGAACACCAGCGACGCCGGCGACCGCUCUUGCUCCGGAGAAGGCUUCGCCUCCCCCUGUGCCUUCCUGGCAGCGCAUUCGGGCACCAACGGCAGCACGCUGUGGGAAAGGCCUGUGGCCGAAGACCUCCUUUCGAUGGACUGUUCGGUGGAGCACGGUGGCUCUCCAGCCUGCCUUAUCAGCGGGAAUCCCGCUUUUCUAGCUCUUCUCGACCUGGAAACAGGCCAGACUCGGUGGCAUGAGGCAGCCAACUUUGGGGCUAACUCUACAGUCCUGAGUCCCUUACUGAAGAUCCCUGAUAUCGACAGAGAUGGUGUGCCUGAUUUCUUGGUCUUUGCUGCAGCAGGAGAGGAGAUUAAAAGCUGCUUCUAUUCAGGGGCAUUUGGCACCCAGAUGAAAUUCAGUGGAAGCCUGCGCUUGCCAGGGUGGAUGGGGCACCUCUUGCAUGUCACCGAGAGCGGAGCCCACUACAUCCUGUUCUACACAGUGAAAGCCCUGUUUGCCUACUCUCUGCAACAGCUCUAUCGCAUGGCUGUAGGCCCAGCAAGCCCAGCCCCCUCCAACCUGAAGGAAGAUGCACGCUGGGAGAUGGUGAUUCAUCACAAGGCCCAGCAGGUGCCCUUGGCCAGCUCUGGAGACAUCCAGUACGUGACGAAGAUGUCGGAGAAAUCAGGGAGCCAUAUUUUGGUUGCAAGAUCAGCUAUGUUGGAGCUGGUGAAUGGGCAGCAACUGGGUUCAUUGUGGGUUGUUGGUGUGCCACACAUCCUGAGGGAGCCAGUUCUUGGAGCCUUUGGUGCUGAUGAGAUUGCCGUGGCCAUUGAAAGCAGAGUCACACCCAAGACAAAGAAGGUUAUAAUUGUGGAGGGCAGCUCUGGAGACAUCAAGUGGGAGGUGAAGCUGCUUUCAGAAACCUGGAGUCCCAAACCAGCCACUCUUGCAACCGCUGAUCGUAGAUCCAUCUUCCUCUUUUGGGGCCUGUACCAGGAGGAAAGAAAUGGAACGGGAUCUUGGCAGGGGGCCCUGCAGCAGCGGCUGUACCUUUUCCAUCCCUCCCUCCCCAAUGUCCUUUUGGAGCUGAGCAACAGCACUGAGCCCAUAGUGGCCUUCGAAGGGUUGCUUUUCGAGCAGAGCCGCCAUGCCUGUUACGUGCUGCUGGCAGGCCCCCAGGCCGGCAGCUCUCCCGGGAGGGUGGUCCUGUCAAAGCGGAAGCUGAAGGAAGACAUUUUCGGCAGCCAUGUAAUCUGGCUCAACCAGAUGCCCCAAGAUACCGACCAGAAUGUCCGGGACCAUUUCCACCGAAUGAGGUUCCGUAGCUUUGGGUGAAGAGUGCAGCCCGAGAGGGUCUUGGGUCCAAAGCCAGCCAGGGAGAAGUCACCCGGCCUGGGCUCCUGGAACAGUUUGGUUAGUCCGCAGCCAGGAUUUGGGUCCCAUUCCCUGGACUGGGUGCAGAGGCACGGGGUUAAGCAGCAACAGGAGGGAGGCAGACUUUGUGCCUCAUCUCUGACCAAAAGGAGUGUCUGUGCCCCACGGAGGAGAAAGGUGCGGUUCUGACAGAUUUCCCGGCACAGAGGCCUCUGAUAUGUGCAUCUGGCCAUUUGGCUCUUGGUCAUCCAUCCCACUGGAACAGCAGACUCUGCACGGCUGGGCUGCUGUAACUGCAUCAGCCCCCGAAGUGCCUUGAGGGCCCUCUCAGUGGCACAGCCUGCUUGGAUCCUGCGACUUCCUGGAAGAACCCUGUGUGGAGCAACUGGAGCAGCUCCAUCUGCCUUGGCCACCUCUGCUCCCGUCCCGAAGCAAUGCAAUCAAGCUUGUUCAGGCACUCAACCUGGCAGGUCAACUUUGCCAGAUCCCAUCCAAGGCAAACAUCUCUUCUGCUGCCUCCUUUUCUGACUGCGCCCAGGCCUCAGGAGCUGCUUUUUCUGUCACAGUCUGAGAUGGAGGAGCUUUGCAGAGCUGGAUUUCAUUUGUCUGGCCUGUCCCAGGUACAGACUUGCAGUUUCAAUAAAUUCAGCUUUUGCCCACAAA